AUGGAUGAACCCAAGGAGAUGCCUACCAAAUCAAUCUUUCGAGAAGUGCGGAACUGGUUUCGAGCUCGGACAAGAAGAGAGCUUAUAGCUAUGGGUGUUGGAGCCGCUCUAGCAACUUUCACCACCAUUGUUGUAGUUCGUCGAUACCAGGCGAAGAAGACGGGAGGAGAUGAAAGGGCGAAGGUCGAUUUGGAGCACAAAUGUGACAGUAACUCCGAGCUCCUCUUACGCGAUGUCCAUGAAGGAGGGAUCGCGGCCGUCCGAUCUUAUGACUCUAUGAGGUCGGGAUAUAAAAGUGAAAGGUCGGAGAAGAAGAGCAAGAAGUAUGCAAGGCCUCCUCCAACAGUGCUUCCACCUAUGCCUCCUCCGCCUCCGGAUACCCCGCCUGAACCUAUCCCCACACAAGUAUCCUCACUGCCACCUCCGGAACCUGUGGCUCCAACUCGACUCAUCGCUACCACUCCUCCCCAUAGGAUCAGAUCUCUCCCUCCACUUCCUGCUACGGGAGGUAGCAGAGCUACAAGGCUCCCAAGUGCACCAGUGCCAGUAAAGACGAGUGUACCCGACACGAGGGUUCAUGUAGAUAAGGGCUCCAUUUCAAAACCAUUACCUGCUAGGAGAAGAAACAGAAGUAUGUCCAGGACUGGGAGCAAAGAGGGGGUGAAAACGGCGCAAAAUGUUGGUAGCAAGGAAGCUAUGAAAACUGCGCAAGAUCUCGCCACUGCUCGUAAAGAAACCUCCAUGAUAAAAACAGCGAAGGAAGAAACAAAGAAGUGA